AUGCAUCAAAUACCCUACCCCUCCACCCUCUCCGACUACGACGACUCGGCCUUCCUCCCCCACUUCACAACCUUCUCCUCCUUCACCUACCUCAUCGACGCCAUCCGCAUCCUAGGAAAAGUCUUCGAAUGCGCGCGUCUAGACUCCACUUUCGAAUACCACGCCGUCGACGUCGUAGACCAAUACCUGUGUAACUGGCGCUUACACCUCCCGGCCUCAAAAACAGACAUCGUCUCCAACGACGGCCACAUCGACGAAGUGCUCUUCCAGGCCCACAUGGUAAACGCCGGCAGCACAAUAAUGCUGCACCGCCCGCGCAGCAACCUCGGUUUCGGCCGCGUCGAAGGCGUAAACAUAUGCGUGCAACCCGGGCAGGUCCUGCUUCCCACGCAAACCCGCGAAAUCCACACCGCGAAAUGCCUCACGUCUGCCGAAAACAUCUCCUCCUUAAUCCGUCUCCCCGGACCCUUACUCUACCACACCCCCUUCUUCACCUGCGUCGUCGUAAUGGCGUCUGUCGUGCACCUCUCCUACUGGUCUUUCCUUGUCCCCGACGGCCAGGACGACAUCAUCAAGCAGAGUAUCCGGCUCGAUGUCGGUACGUUGCAGCAAUAUAGCAAUACGUGGCCGAUUGCGAAUGUGGUGCUCGGGCAGGUGAGGGGUGUGGCGCACACGCUGUUUAAUAGUAAGAAGGCGAUGUCAAUACAUCUUUGGAGCAAUUUGCAGCAGGAUGAUGUUAUUAGGGGCGUUAUUGAGGAGGGGAGGAGUGUGCCGACGCAGCAGUAUGCGCAGUUGAUCGCUCCGUGA